AUUAUUUUCGAGCGUUCCUUGCUUUAAAACCCCCGGUGAAUAGCAACGUCUGCGCAAAAAGAAGACAGAAGUAACUGAUUACUACGUAUCCCAGGAUGGAAGAAGACUUCACCCAGCUAUCAUCGCGGACUAUUUUACUAGCAUCGCUUACUUCUCUGGUUGUUAUACACCUGUGGUUCUGGUUGCAGCGGUACAGGAGCUGCCACGGACCACCCGGACCGUUUCCUUGGCCGAUUAUCGGAAACGCCGCACAACUCGGCAGUACCCCUCAUGUCUACUUCAGUCGUAUGGCUAAGAAAUACGGCAGUGUCUUCCAAAUUAAACUUGGAAGUCGCGCCGUUGUGGUUCUUAAUGGAGAUGCCAUUAAACAGGCUCUCAUCAAGAAGGGAAUAGAUUUUGCGGGAAGGCCUGAUUUCACAUCUUUUCAGGUCAUUUCCAAUGGUAAUAGCAUGGCAUUUGGAAAUUAUAGCGAAUGGUGGAAAAUGCACCGAAAAGUUGCGCAAUCCACUAUUCGGUCAUUCUCCACUAGUAAUAUCCACACCAAGAGAGCGCUCGAGAACCACGUUGUGGGCGAGAUCAGGGAGCUCGUGAAACUCUUUUUGAGAAGAACUGAAGAGCAGGCGUAUUUCCAACCCCACACUUACCUUGUGGUUUCCGUAGCAAAUAUUAUGAGCGCAGUGUGUUUUGGGAACAGGUAUUCCUAUGAUGACACGGAGUUUCAGCAAGUGGUAGGUAGAAAUGAUCAGUUUACAAAGACAGUCGGUGCUGGGAGCAUAGUGGAUGUGAUGCCAUGGCUGCAGUAUUUCCCAAACCCCAUCAAGACCUUGUUCGAACACUUCAAAGAGCUUAAUAAGGAGUUUUACCAGUUCAUUCUGUCCAAAGUUGUAGAGCAUCGAAAGACCAUCGAGUCCAGUAUUGUCCGUGACAUGACCGAUGCCUUCAUCUUUGCUCUGGACCAAGGAAUGAGCGUCCCUCCGAACGUCUCUCUGGGGAAAGAGUAUGUACCCUCAAUUAUGAGUGACAUUUUCGGAGCAAGCCAGGACACACUCUCGACGGCUCUGCAGUGGAUCAUUCUCAUACUUGUCAGGUACCCUGAAAUUCAGAAGCGUCUGCAGGAUGAAGUUGACCGAGUUGCUGACCGUAGCCGUCUGCCCAGCAUUGAGGACCAGCCACGCUUGCCUUAUGUCAUGGCCUUCAUAUAUGAAGUGAUGCGUUUCACUAGCUUUGUUCCUGUCACUAUCCCCCACAGCACCACCACUGACACCACCAUUGGCGGCUACCCCAUCCCCAAAGGCACCGUCAUCUUCGUCAACCAGUGGUCUAUGAACCACGACCCGACCAAGUGGGAGAAUCCUGACGUAUUCAACCCGCUACGCUUUCUGGACGAAGAUGGGCAACUAAACAAAGACCUGACAAGUAACGUGCUCAUCUUCUCUGUGGGUAAGCGGAGGUGCAUUGGAGAAGACUUGUCCAAAAUGCAGUUGUUUCUCUUCACCUCAGUGCUGAUGCACCAGUGCAACUUCACCCCUGAGACGACUCCCAGUAUGGACUACAUGUACGGGCUGACGCUGAAACCAAACCCCUUCAAGGUGGCAGUGAGUCUUCGUGAUGACCUGAAGCUUUUAGAAGAAGUGGUCAGGCUUCCUCUCUGUGACCAGGGUCAUGCCGAAAAGACCAGUGAGGAAUCUCGCAACUAA